AUGAAACGCAUUAUGCUGAAAUUUUCGAUAACCAGUAAUACAUUGCUAGCGCACACUGCUGCAAUUCCGAUUUUCGCUACCAGUAUGGACAAUACUGUUGCAAUGUAUCAAUCAUUAUACAGUACUGCAGCAACGACGCAAAUUCAGACAAGUGAUAAUUCCACCAGAGCUGAAGAAAAAUGUGUUUUCAAACCUAAGAGGAUUCUGAUUCUAUCUAAAUUAACGCGAUUGGAAUAUGAAAGGCAAACUCAUCCACUUCUCAACGAAACUCAGCUGAAAAAGGCGUUAGCACGACGAGGAUCUAAUUAUGAAAGGCUUCGAAGGCGGUAUGACGAGCAUUACCAGUUUUUAAAUGUCGUGGUAUGUGAACUAAGAGCUUGUGGUAUCGAAACUCGAACUGUGCAAAGGUUUGACUACAAUAAUGCUGCAGUUUCAUGGGCUGAUGCUGUAUUUUCUGCGGGUGGUGAUGGCACGUUUUUACACGCAGCUUCAAGAAUUUCAUCAAUGGAAAAACCUGUGAUAGGGAUAAAUACUGAUCCUAAGGGCUCAGAGGGCCAUCUCUGUUUGCUGAAGAAAUUGUCGCACGAAUAUUUCAGAGAUGCCUUGAAACGAUUACUUGCUGGUGAUUUUAGGUGGUUAUAUCGACAACGUAUACGCAUACGUCUGGAAGGUGAUAUUGGAAAUAAUGAACCAUUUUAUUUGCAUGAAGAGCAGCUACCUUUUCAUAACUUGAAAAAGCAGGAAAUAUUGAAAUCAAGAAGAAGAUCGGAAAACAAUGUUGAAGGACAUGUGAAUGUAUUGUCGGAUCCGGCUCUAAAUGACGUUUUCAUUGGCGAGAGCCUGUCAUCUCGUGUAUCUUAUUACGAAAUUCAAUGUGAUGAUGGUGAAAUGGUAAAACAAAAGAGCAGCGGUGUUUUAGUAUGCACAGGAUCUGGUUCAACUUCUUGGUAUUUCAAUAUAAAUAAAAUGACCGAUCAUUGUGUAUCUGAUAUUCUGGGUAUUGCUUCGAAGGAAAUCGGAAGUGCGACAUUGGGAGAGGAUAAACCAUUAAUCCGUAGAAUUCGUGACAUUUAUAAUAGUCGUCUAUUGUUCACUCCGGAUUGUGAAAACAUGGCUUACUGUGUUCGCGAUCCAGUAUAUAAUUCGACGUAUCCAGAAUUCCCACCUCGUGGACUGGUAAAGCGUUUGCGACUUCACUCACGUUGUUAUGAUGCUCAUUUGGUUAUUGAUGGUCGAGUUGCUUACAAAUUUAACGAUGGUGCUGAAGCAGUCCUUGAGAUUCAUCCCGAAGAUGCGCUGAAAACAGUCAUAUUUCGAUGA